AUGAUAAUAUCGUUUCGUAUAAAAUUCGAGGAAAUGACGGACCAGACAAUUAAAGUUUACGCCAGAAUUAGAAAAACUAAUGAUAAAAAUUCAGAGCAAUACUUAAUACAACAGAACAAUGACUACGAAGAAAUAAUAUUCGCGAAUUCCGGCAUUUCUACGUUACAGAAAAUCUGCAGAUUUCACAAAGUAUUCGACGCGAAAACCCCGCAAUCUGAAAUAUUCGAAGUUGUCGCGAAACCAGUAAUUAUUAGUGUUAUAGAAGGUUUUAAUGGUACCAUCUUCGCUUACGGACAGACGGGUAGUGGUAAAACUUACGCUCUAAAUGGCUGUACAAGAGAAUUCAGCCAAAGAGGAAUUAUCCCUAGAAGUAUAGAGUACAUAUUUAAUCAUUACAAUAAUAUUGCUGAGGAACCGACCAUAUACAUAUCAUACAUGGAAAUUUACAAUGAAAUAGGGUACGAUUUAUUGAGUACUAAACAAUACAACGUAACGAGAACACCAGAAGAACUACCGCGAGUUUCUGUGAUGGAAGACAAGAAAGGCGAUCCGCACAUAAAAAACUUGAGCACCUUUCCGGUGACCAACGAAGAAGAUGCCAAGCGAUUGUUGUUUAUGGGCGAUACGAACAGGACGAUCGCCGAAACUCCAUACAACGAAUUCUCAUCGAGAUCCCACUGUAUUUUUACGUUCUACAUAACGCAUUGCAGCACCAAGUCCAAGCUGAUUAGAUCGUCGAAGUUGCACCUGGUGGAUUUGGCAGGGUCGGAAAGGGACUUCAAAACGAACGUUAACUCCAUCGUACACGAAGCCAAAUUCAUAAAUUUAUCGCUGUAUUUCCUGCAGCAAGUGAUAAUAGCGCUCUCGGAAUCGAAAAGAUCGCACAUUCCCUACAGGAACAGCAUGUUAACGCACCUCCUGAAGGACUCCUUGAACGGCAACUGCAUCACAGUCAUGCUGGCUACAUUGUCAGUGAACAAGGAAAAUUUCCAGGAAACUUUGAGCACCUGCCGAUUCGCCCAAAGGGUAUCCACAAUCUCCACGAGCCCAACCGUAAACGAAAUCUGCGAUCCCGAAAAGGAAAUCGAAUUUUUGAAAUUGAGAAUAAGAAAUUUGGAAACGCAGCUGUCUGAUUCUAAAGAUUUUUCGAGCAGCAACGUUUUGUCGGUGCGACAGAAGGAGAAUUGCGAAGCGGAAGUGCGGAAAUUUAUCAAUUCCGACGAGAAACCGAUUCGAGUGGAGGCCGACAUGACUCAGAUACAGUUCUGCUUCGAUUUGCUGAGAAAGGAGCUGGACAAGCAGAGGACCGAACUGAGAACCAUGGAGAAAUUGGUGACCCAAAAGAAGACCGAGAUAACCGGUUUGGUGAGGGAGAUUCGGACCAAAGACAGCGAAAUCGAAAGGUUGAAAGUUGAAAUCGAGAGAGUCCCAGACGAUCCGAUCAAAAUGCUGUCGAUAAUCCCGACUGCUUCCAGAAAUAAUAAAAACCAAUUAGAAUCGAUUUUAAUCAAAGCAAACAACAAACCGCCGGACGAUUACAAAACCGCCUUGCAAAAUCAGCUGAAUUUAGCCAAGAAAUGCUCGGACACCAUCGAGCAUUGCAAGCGCAAGAUAAUCGUCUACCGCAGCGAAUUGGAACACAGCAAAAGAACCCCUAGGGACAAACAGGAGCUAGUCAAAAAGCUGGAGGAACAGCAGAGGAUUUACAAAGCGGAACUGGCCGAAUUGAAGCGAAUACAAGCGGACACGGCGCGACUCGAAGCCGCCGCAAAGCAAUCGGAGAUCAACACAGUCAACAAAUUCGACGAUUGGUUCAAAGGUAAAGACUCGGGGGAUUCCCCGCGGAAACCUCCCCCGCAAAUUUCAAACAACAACAAGGUGGAAAUCGAUAAUACAUACACCGUGCGCGAUACUAAAGAGAUAGAAUUGAAGCUGCUGUGCGGCGGAUCGAGCAACGAGUCCCUCAAAGGCAGCGGCUCCUCGGAGUCUUCCUUGAAGGACGUACAGGAACCGGUGGUGAAAGAAAAACCGGAGGAUUCGACCGCGCAAUCGGAUCAAAACGGGUUCACUAAAUAUUUUAACGCUUCCGAUUCCGCCGAUUUCAAGGAAUUCAUGAAGAGCGUCUCGUCGUCCGGCGUGGACGAAGUAGACGAAGAAAUCGUCAAUUUUUAUAGAAGUAAAUUUUGA